AUGAAAAUACCACGAAAAUCUUUUCAUAUACUUGAACAAUAUGGAAAUUUUCUUCAAAAGAUUUUUACUCUCUCAACAGAAUUUAAUAUUGAAAUUCAAACAAUUAUUAUUGAAACAAUUGAUCGAAUAUUUGAUUUAAUCAAAGAAAAUUUUUUUCAAAUAAAACAAAACAAAUAUCAAGUUCUUUUUAAACAAUUAAUUCAUACUAUUUUAAAUUAUGAUAUUAUACCAAAUAUUCAAAAACAUUCUAUUCAAUAUCUACGACAAUUUCUUCAUUUAUUAUUUAUACACAUUAAACAACCAACAAUGACGACGAAUGUUCAGCUACUUAUUGAACAAAUCGGUUGUCAUCAAUCUUAUUUUUUAUUAGUUUUUGAACGUAUAUUGAUCGAAUUACUUGUUUAUUUUGAUAAAUCCGAUUCCAAUUCAGCAUAUAUUUUAAUUUUGAUGAAUAUUCUUGAAAAAUUAAUAUCAUCAAAUGAUAGUACUACAUUAGAACAAAUAUUAAAUAAUGAAUCAGUUCGUCAACAAUUUCAUGCUUUACUUUAUACAUGUUUAUCUUCAAAUAAGAAUGAGAUUUCAUUAAUUAUUUCUCUUUGGAAUAUUUAUGGUCGAAUUUUAUAA